AGGCGCGCCCUCCCGCUGGGGCCCAUGGCAGCUGCAGUCCGAGCCCGGGGGCGCCCCCUGCCGGCCGUGUGCACCGCGCUCCGGCCCCGCUGCCCGGCUCCCUCCGCGGGAGGCGGCGCCCGCGCUGUUCGCGAACGCGGCGGGUCCCGCUCGCCGCGGGGCGAGGAGAGCGCGGGCGGCGCCUCUGCCGGGGAGCGGAGCCGGCGGCCCGGCCCGGGACCGGAGCAGGGGGCGGCCCCUCCUCCUGCCGAGCCGGCCGAAAGCGCCGCUGCCCGCACCGGACAUGGCGGCCGCGGCGCCGGAAGCCGCCCCGGAAGCCUUUCCGUCGCUCCCGUGAUGCCCCGCGGUGGCGCCCGUUCGAGCGGCGGCGCCCGCCCCGCGCCGAGCAGGAGGCGGCUUCUCCCCGGCCCUGGAUGGCCGCGGCGGGGCGAAGCAGAAGCGAGCCGGGGGCGGCGUGUCCUCCGGGGCGGGUGCCGUUCCCGGGCGCCGUGUGCCGGGAGAGCGGCUGCCGCUUCGCCCGCGACCUCCUCAAGCCCGUCCUGUAGCGGCGGCAGCAGCUCCCGCUGCCCUACGAGCGGCUCGGCUGCUUCUGCCGCCGGGCGGGACAGCAGGAAGGUGACAAGGAAUGAUCUACAGGGACUCGGGGAUGCUCUUCAUCCCGGCCAAGGAGGAGCCACUGCACAGCAGCCUCCCCCCCACUGACCACUACCCGCAACAGUACAAACCUGAGCCCACCCACUGGUGGGUACUGGUGUGGGAGAAUGGCAGCAUGGAGGUGAGAGGCCAGAGAGGGGGUGGGACCUCAUGGAGAUGAUCCCUGCCCAUAUCCCCACAUGUAUUUGGUGUUUGGGUUUUUUUUAGAUUAUUUGGAGAGACAGACUUGACAAAGUUAUAAAUAGAAUUGCAUGUUUACACACGGACACAAACCCUCAAGCAGUGCAAACAAUGGAACAGAACUGUUUGAAUUGGCAUCUCAUUGCAUCUUCAUGUAUGGAAAAAAAUAUUUAUAUAUGGUUAUAAACUUGUAAAAUAACUUCUCAUUUUUGAGUACUCAAACUACACUACAUCAACAAAGAUAUUAUUCAGUAUUAGAAUAAGAGAAAAAUGAAAAAAAAAACCCCUCAAGCCAGUCCUAACCCAGACCCAAUUUCUGCAAAUCAAUAAAGUACAGUUAGCUCGGAAGACUAGACACUUCCUUUAUCUAAGCUACACAAAAAAUACCCACAACCCUAAUUUCCGCAGUAACAAAGACAAUGUGGUUAAAAUUUGGUUUACUGUGGAGUUUCUUGACAUAUAUGCAGCUAUUACAAAGCUUUACUCUUGACAUAUUAUCCAAUACAGCCUAUGUAAAAAAUGCACUAGGAUAGUCUUUGGCUUUUUAUGUGAUUCAGCUGAGAUUUUUGCCAUUUGUUAAACAUAUUUUCCUUGGCUGCUUUGACAAUACAGUCAAAAGGGAGGGAAAGAAGAUAUUAAAUAAAAUAUUUGUUAUUUUCUUCAAACAAAAUAGAUUAAAAUGCUAAAAUUUGAGCUAUUUACAUAAAACAACACAAUUCUUGUCAAGUCUCUUUCACAAUCUGUGUAUUCCCAAUAAAGGGAUAUGGUUGCUCAAUCUAACUAAAAGACAACACUCAGUGGAGGACUUCCUUUGGCCUCAGUAAACUUUAGAUCAGACCCUUAAAACUUUAGUUGUGGGCCAAAACAGAACAAUAACAUAGAACAAUAACAUUUUGAACAGUUUCAAUCUACUGGCUUGUAAAUUCUGUGAGAUGGCUAAACUGAAAUGAACCGGUGGCUUAUUCCCAGAAGUGAUACAAUUUAUAUAAACUACUAUUUCUAUCACUUAAUAAAUAUUAAGCAACUCAAUUGGUUUCAAUAAUGCAGAAUAUUUGAGCACUGGCAGGUGUACUGGGAUGCAAAUAAUAUGGCAUUAAAGAUGUGUUGUAACUUGACUGAGCCAUACAGGAUAACUGCUAUCAUCUCCUCUGUACUACUACACUACAACUUCCUCAUAGAAUCACCAGGUUGGAAAGGACCCACUGGAUCAUCGAGUCAUUUUCUAACCUGUCACAGUAAUAAAAGGCUCAAUUUGAUCUCUUCACUCAGUACAAUGGGCGCACGUUCAAAUAUAGGUGUUUACUUGGCCUUGGUCAGAAAAUGUCAGUGUGCAAGAAUGAACAGUGAGUUAACACCAAGUUUCUUGUGAAACUGAAGGAAUACAUGACGGAAACUUCAAAAUUACUGUCUGAGGCUGAAGAAAUCCCACAGACACCUCAGUGCUCAAAGGAACCCAUUUUUUCUUGGCAGAAGAUGCGAAAGCAAAAACAAUGGAGAUCCUCAACAGCCUUUCAGAAAAUGAUCUGUGGAAUUGUU